AUGGAGUGUGUUGGUAAAGUUCUAAAGCUAAUAGCAAAAAUAUAUCCAGAUUUGAAGUAUCUCAAUAUAUCCGCUAGGUGUUUUAGUUGCAGGCAAGUAAGAAAUGGAAUAUCACACUUUAGACAUAUUUGUCAAGUUCGAGGAAAUAGUGAUAUAGAUAUAUCUGCAAUUACAACUUCGUGCCAUAAAUUAGAAUAUCUAGAUAUUUCUCAUCGUAUGGAGUUUACUGAAACAUCAAUUUGUAAUAUUAUUCACUCUUGCCCAAGGCUCCAGCAUCUUAACCUUUCUUUUUGCAAUAUUACCAAUAUAACUAUCGAAGAAAUAGCUAGUUUAUGUCCUAAUUUAAAAUAUCUCGAUCUGAAAGGAUGUGAAAAUAUUAGCAAAGAAGCUGUAGAUCAGCUCGUUUCACUUAAUCCAAAUGUCCAUUUUGAGAAUUUCCAGGAUACUAUAACACCUCCUGAUUUUAUUAGCGCAUUUAGUGAUUAUCUUGAUAAGGUCGCUAUUCUCGAAUUUGCUGUUAAAACUCUAUUAGCAAAUCAAGGUUACCAAGCUCUCUCCCUCAACUUCGGUCUAUACGUGAACGAUCCUAAGGAAAGAUCAAAUUCACAUUCUCAUAAAACCUAG